CGAGCCUGAGGGAGAGAGGAGGAGGAGUAAAGGGAACAUCUGGGGCAGCUCCAAGUCUGUUCUUUUUCCACACCCACAGAGGCGCGUUUCUCCUCUCUGCUGCGCUCCUCUUUACCUGUUCGAGGGGAGACAAAUCUGUGCGUUAUCGGAUCCAAAACGACGCAAAAACAAGGAGCCAAGUGGACACGCGCGCGCUGACGACUCAUUUCUGACCAACUAUGGAUUCACACAUCUAAUAGCCUGAAGACCAAUUCAAACCAGCAAGAACAAAGGAGAUAUUUGACUGCCAGGUGAAACCAUGGACUGGAAGACCUUCCAAGCCCUCCUCAGUGGGGUGAACAAGUACUCCACUGCGUUCGGACGAGUGUGGCUGUCGGUGGUGUUCGUGUUCAGGGUGCUGGUGUACGUGGUGGCGGCGGAGCGGGUUUGGGGCGACGAGCAGAAGGACUUCGACUGCAACACCAAGCAGCCCGGCUGCGCCAACGUCUGCUACGACCACUUCUUCCCCAUCUCCCACAUCCGCCUGUGGGCCCUGCAGCUCAUCUUCGUCACGUGCCCGUCGUUCAUGGUGGUCAUGCACGUGGCGUACCGGGACGACCGCGAGCGCAAGCACAGGGCCAAGCACGGCGAGGACAGCAAGCUGUACAACAACACGGGCAAGAAGCACGGCGGCCUGUGGUGGACCUACAUGAUCAGCCUUUUCGUCAAGACGGGCAUCGAGAUCUCCUUCCUCUACAUCCUCCACCGGAUCUACGACAGCUUCGACCUGCCCCGUGUGGUCAAGUGCCAGGUGUCGCCCUGCCCCAACACGGUGGACUGCUACAUCGGUCACCCCACAGAAAAGAAGGUCUUCACCUACUUCAUGGUUGGCGCCUCGGCCCUCUGCAUCGUCCUGAAUAUCUGCGAGAUCAUUUAUCUCCUGUCCAAGCGCAUCGCCAGAUGUGCGAACAAGAUCAAAACGCGCUCUCGCCACAUGAACAACCACCAGCAAGAAUACAGGAACGAAAACUCCUACAACAACUACAACCUGAACAUGGCGAGACGUAAUUUGGACAAUCCACCAUCCUUUAAGGACAUAGAAAACCACGCGUUCCUGCAGCUGCCCACGCUCAGUAUUGAUAAAAAGAUACGGGCCUCUGCUCCAAACCUGUCCUCCACUUCAUGAUUGCCACUGAAAUCAAGAGCUCGGAGCAUUGGCUGCGUCCCAAAACCUGAAAACUCAGAACUGCGAGCCAAGCUGCGGAGUGCAUCAGAGCCUGGACAUUCAGUCAUCACUGCUGGAUUCCUCCUGUGGACAUUUGUGUCAAAGACUUUUACAAAAAAUCACAUUGAACUGUGGUUUCCAGGUCUACGCGAACAAUAUUUACAAGUCAUCUAUUAACGUCAGAUUGAUUUGUUUGCUAGUGAUGUGUGUGGUUUUUAAAUGCCGUAAAUGUCUACGUGCUUUUUUUUGCCCUGUGUAUUAAAACAUUCGUGUACAAGCUGGAGCUCUGACUUCGGGUCAGGAGGGAAUUGAGACGGUCACACAAGUCGAGACACACCUGGCAGAGGUAUUUCAACCUCUCUACCAGUUGUCUGCUGCGGUGCGUCAGAGCACGCUUUUGUUCCUGAGAGUUUGCCAAACCCUUUAAAAGGAUCUGUUUUAUUUAUUUUCAUACCGUGCCUUUGUCCUCACAGUUUGAUGUUCCGUUGAAUUCAAGAUAGAAAAGAGAAAGUCUUUAAAGGUGUGUAAAUGCUACGACACUUGGUGUCGACUUUGGCCCAAACRGACUAUUUCGUUGCAUUUUUUUCUCACAGAUAAGACUGAAAUGCAUUUUAUUUGUUGUUGUUAAACUCGUUGCUCUGCCUCUGAUUUAUUGCCGCACGGCCACACGGUGUACAUUCAUUUCUUGUGUUUCGACGUGUUUGUAAACAUCGCCUGAUCCAAGACCACCGCUGAGUCCGACACGGUAAAAGGAACGUUGCUGUUUAUUUCUGAUGGAGCUGAAGGGGAGGACAGCUGGAUGGACAUGAGAAGUUCAGUCACUGGACAUCCACCGUGGACGCCAGGUGGAAAUGUAUUAUAUGCAGUUGGUGUUAAUAUUUGUACUUUUUUACACAUAAAUAUGUAUGAAAAUAAAAUUUGUCUUUGUUGUUUAAAAAAA